AUGAAAUCAACUAUUUCUACGAUCUCAAACAUUUCAAAUCAUUGCAGAGCUAUUUGUAAAUCUGAAUAAUCAAUCAUUCCUUUGAGAGUACCUUAUAAGUAUAAUUGAAUUCUAAAUUUUAAGCGGUGGUUCUCAGUUAAAUUGUCUAUCUAAAAAAUCUUAUCAUUAUGGAAACAUUAUUGAAUCUAUUUUAAUUGAAUAUAAGUAGUUAUGUUAAUGGGUUAUCAAUGAAAUUACUCAAAAAAUAGAUUAAAAUUCAAUUAUUACUAAAAUUAAUACACAAUUAUUCUAAUUUGAAAGAUUACUUUCUAAAAAAUUAGAUAGCUAUAUAUAAGAAAUAUCAGCUCUGAAAAUAAUACAUUCAGAAAAUUAAAUUACGAUAAAUUAAUUAAAUAUUACAAAUAAAGAUCUUAAAGAAAAAUUACAACAAGUUUCAAAUAAUGAAUAAUUAUCACUAAAUACUCCAUUUAAAAAUAAAUUAAAUUACUCUAUCGAAUUAAUAACCAAACAACCAUUAAGAAAUACUAGUUAUUCACUCUAAGAACCAGGUCAUGAUAAAGAAAAUAUGGAUAUUUUUUUAAAAAAGAACGUUUCUUCAAAGGCAAAAUUUAAAAUUUGA